AUGUCUUCAACGCCUGAGCCUCGCCCGACAUAUGUCUACAAAAUCCUCUCUUCACCUCCCAUCGAACCGUUUCCUAUUCAGUAUCCCCUUUCAGAGCUCGAUGCCAAGGAUGGCUUCGUUCAUUUAAGCACGGCAAUGCAGGUCCCGAACACGGCUGAUUUGUUCUUUACUGAAACUCCCACCCUGUGGAUCAUCAAGUUUAAGCUGGCGAAGCUGGAGGAUCCGAUAAAAUGGGAGAAUGGGUUUCCGCAUUUGUACGGCAACUUUGGUGCAAGAGAUGUCGUGAGCUUUGCGAAGUUCGAUCGGAGAGAGGGGCAGAGAUGGGUUGAGUGGAUGUUGGACGUAGACUGGCUUGAAUGGUAA